UUGCAACUCUACGCGGAAGUUCCAUCCCCAAGUCCUUUCCGACGAAAACCGAAUCCUGUUGCGUUUUAUAAAUCAUUUCUUUCCAUGCAAAGAUGCAGCUCCACGUAAGAGGAUUGAACACGCACGUUUUGGACGUCCAGCCGGAUGACAACAUUGCCCAUGUGAAGGCCUUGCUGGCCGGACUGGAGUCCGUCGACGCUCAGGAGCUUCAUCUGUUCUGCGAGGGUAAACCGCUCGCCGAUGAUGAUACUGCGGCCCAGCUGACCUCAGUCGAGCUCGAUGUCACGGUUAGCCUGCUCGGUGGUAAGGUACACGGUUCGCUGGCUCGUGCCGGCAAAGUGAAGGGCCAGACACCAAAGGUGGAAAAGAAGGAAAAGAGAAAGAAGAAGACUGGCCGCGCUAAGCGACGCAUCCAGUACAACAGACGCUUCUCGAGCGUAGUUCAGACGUACGGUCGUCGCCGGGGUCCGAAUGCCAAUUCUGCCUAAACGUUGGGACAAUCUGCGGAUCAAGUCAAAGCAUAGGUUAUGGAGGGGUGGAACUGGCGCAGGGUAGGCUUCUACAGUAGCGGGAAUCUAUAUUUUGUCUAAAACCGGUAAAACCGGCAAAGGUUCUCACUGUAACAACCAAACGGAGGAAUCAUAGAAGCCUGCGAAAAAAAAACGUAUUGUCCAGGAGCAAAUAACAAACGAUCCCAAGAUUUCAACCUCUACUGUAAACCACGCCGUGAUUUGAUGUAAAUAAACUACGCAAUUGUCAUUCCA